AUGCAGAGUGCAGACAAGUGGUGGAAGUCGGAAUUGAGUGGCUUCAAGGAGCAGGACAUGUUGGAUUUAGCUGAGAUCUUGAUUGAGGGCCACUCGGGCGAUAUACUUUCCCCGAACGCACUCGAUGGGUUUCCUACUUUGGAGCGGUGGACGGAAGAUGAGUGUAAACUUGAUGUCAACUCCAGGGAAUUUUUAAAAGUCUAUGAAUGCCCCAAGUUUAUGCAACGAUGGGGAGCAGAUCCGUCCCUCAUUCCACGGUCCACCCCUUCGCACAAUACGCCCACCCCGACUGCAGCAGCAGCAGCUGUUACUCAGCUGGUAGCUCAGGCUCCUCAACCUGAGGAACUGCCCACAUCCGAUGCCGAGGCUGUCAAUGCCCAAGUCUCAUUGGCGCACUCGAAAAGCUUCGCGCUACUUUCGAGAGCCGCCCCACCCUCUCUGGAACAUCCCUUCUCCCACCCCUGCCCCGAGGAGUGGCCCUCCUAUCAACUUCAAACGAGAGAAGAGAUUGGUGAACAAGUGGCAGAAGACACAGGCAAACGCUGGAGGCAGUUCCCGCCCUGCCACGUCCAAGCAGCGUCCCGUGCCCAGCACUCCAACUCUUUGGCAGACCGGAACGCAGAUGUUGAAAUGCACAACGAUUCAUCCCAGUCAACCACCACUACCAUUCCUCAACCUCCUUUGCCUGCUGCCCAAAACCCCGCACGUCACAACUCCGGCAGAUUCAACCAUUCGGCAAUGGGUCUCGCGCACAGCAAUCCCAGCCUUCCAAGGACCGGGGUGACGGGUGCCGGGUUUGGAUACAAUAUGAGUCCCCCUAGUUUCUACCCCCCAUGGUUGGAUGAUGGAAUAUGCCUCCGCACCAACCAUUCUAUAACCACACCCGAUAUGAUGAUCCAUGUUUCUUCGCACAGGGACGAUCCCUGCAAGAUGUGGACGCUGCUGCGUGACGCCCACAUGCAGCAGAAGCCUGGCACCCGCUUCAACGCCUACGACGACCUCUUCUCCAUCCGGAAACGCGAAGACGAGUCCCUCCAGGCCCUCAUGAACCGUGUGGACGACGUCAUGAAGCUCAUCAAGGACCUCCGGCCUGCCGACUUCACCCUGGACAAGCUGGACAACGAGCUGACCGCGAUGGCACUCAUUCGAGCCCUUCCGGAUGACUCGACAGCGAAACCCAUCCGUCAGGCCUUCAUUGCUGAAGAAGCCCAGCGCCGUCGUCGUGCAAAUGCCUCCACCGCCGCUCUAGCUUCCGCUUCGACACCCCCCUCCUGCGACUUCUGUGGCAUGAACAACCACGUCGUCGCCACCUGCCAUUACAGCCGUGCCCAGGCCAACGCCAGGGACAACGUCGUCAAGCGUCGCAAGAAGCGCCGUCAGGAAGCCAAGCAAGCGCAAGACUCCGCUCCCACUGACGCAUCGGCCUCCCAGGCCUCUGCAGACGUGGUUGAGUACGCUGGAAAUAGUACUCGUCUCCCGGAUCCCAGGGAUCCCUCCUUUCGGCUUCAGCUCGAUGCUGACUUCGAUUGGAUUGCAUGCGGAACUAUGUCCCCUGUCGCAUUCCAGUCAAGUUGGCAGACCACAGCAUUGUCUAUGCUGUUGGGUUUCAAUAUACUCAUUUCCUCUUCGCAACUUCGCUUCAUUUGUGCUGGUUCAUGUCUAUUCACCGCCUCCAUCCAUCCCAACAACUCUGCAACGCUCGAUGGCACCACUGCAGCCUCUGUAGAGGCAGCCUCACCCGCGUCCACUGUUCCUGUCACCCUUGAACUGCUCCAUCGUCGUCUCAUUCACCACAACCACGCUGAUAUCAAGCGUUUGCUGGACAACAAGAUGGCGACUGGCAUCCGACAGUUUGGAUUUCGUGGCCUGGGUUCCUGGGUUAUAUAUACGGUGCUCAAUGAACACAAUGUUACAUCAAGCAAAGGUUUGGAAUGUAAGCUACAUUUAGAGUAUACUUGGGUGCAGGUAACAAUUAGCGUACCUAGUGUUCCAUCGUCGACGAACCAGUCCCUCGUCCGGAUGGAGGAACGGAAGAAGAGUUUGCGAACAAUCCUGGAAGGGCGACCUUUCCUCUUUGGCUUCAUUCAGUCCCUAUCCUUGCGCUCGGACUACCCUAAUAUAUCGUGGAUGACGGACCAUUCAAUGGUUGCUCUGUUAGUUUUCAUAUCCCAGUAUUGCCGUCUCGUGUCUUUUACCAUCAUUGGCCAAUGUCGUCCGGGUGUGGAUGGUAAAAUCCACAGCACCCUAUUCCCCCAUAUCCCCGAUACCGUCACCCGUGUCAGUCUCAACAACAUUCGUCGCUUGUCGCCCACUGCCUACGCGGCCUUGUCUCGUAACCUUCCUCCUCCACCUCCCCAUCGACGACCGCGACCUCGAUUUCUAGAAUACUCGAUGCAGUCCGAGUGGGGCGAUGAGUGGCUGGGUCGGGCGGUCGAAGUUUUCAUGCACUACAUCCGCUUGGAUGGUCUCAAGGAUGUCCGCUGA